AUGCAGUCUCCAAACACUUGCGGCAGAAUGGGCCGCAGCGAGGAGCUCAGUGACUUCCAGCGGGGGACCGUCGUCGGGUGUCACAUGUGCAAGAAGUCUGUCCGUGAGAUCUCCGCUCUGCUGAACCUGCCGCGGUCCACCGUGAGCGCUGUCAUCGUGAAGUGGAAACGUGGAGGAAUAACCACGGCUCUGCCCCGGAGCGGCCGACCGCACAAGCUCAAAGAGGAGGACCGACAAGUGCUGGAGAAAGUGGCGUUGGAGAAGUGUUCGCCCUCGGUGGAGGCUCUCACCGCCGAGUUUCAGACCGCCUCCGGGGCCAGCGUGAGCGCCAGGACCGUCCGCCGGGAGCUGCACGAGAUGGGCUUCCGUGGCCGAGUGUCCACGUAUAACAAGCCCAAAGGAGGGGAGAAAGUGGAGAAGAAGCAGGCAGCUCCAAGCCAAGAUGAAGCCAAGGUGGACGUGUCUCGUCUGGACCUGCGUGUUGGACGUAUAAUCACAACUGUGCAACUUCCAGAGACUGAAGGUCUGUAUGUGGAGGAGGUCGAUGUGGGAGAGGCGUCUCCGAGGACAGUGGUCAGCGGGCUAGCUAAGCACAUACCUCUGGAGCAGAUGCAGAACCGCAUGGCAGUCCUGUUGUGUAACCUCAAGCCAGCCAAGACGAGAGGAGUGGUGUCCCAGGCUAUGGUCAUGUGUGCCAGCUCUCCAGAUAGGGUUGAAAUCCUUGAACCUCCAAGUGGAGCAUCACCAGGGGACAGAGUUGUUUUCCAGGGCUUCCCAGGUGAACCAGACCAAGAGCUGAACCCCAAAAACAAGGUGUGGGAACAGAUUCAGCCAUACCUACGCACCAACAGCCAGUGUGUUGCAACCUACAAAGGAACUGCAUUUGAGGUCUCCCGCAAAGGAGUCUGCAAAGCCCAAACCAUGAGCGACAGUGAAAUCAGAUAAACUAAAAGAGCUGCUCAAAACUGCUCAGUGCAAAUCCCUGCUGCCAGACAGGAUCCAAAAUGUUGUGUAGAGCUUUUCCAGAAGAGUGGAGGCCUCUGUAGCAACAUAGCAAUGCCCUUGGUUUUGGAAUGACAUGUCCAACCAUCACACGGGUGUUAUGUUGGAGUGUUCACGUACUUUUGUCCAGUAAGGAUGGAAAGUGAAGAUCGUGAGGAGUAUGUUGCCCUCUGUUGGACGGACAUGGACAUAACUGUUACACUUUAAUUUGAAAUCUGAAGUUCUGUAUUUGGCCCAAGGGGGGCACUUCAGUACCCAUGAUAAUGUACAGUUUGUGUGUAUCGAGACAUGAAGACAUACAGCACACAGUGAUCCCCCGCAUGGUGAAAAUACAUACCUUACAAAGAAUCCAUUUUGGUUGGGAAAUAUUUGAUAAAAUAUAAAUGUUUUCCCAUGACGCCACAGUGGUUACUUCCACUUAACAGUGCAGAAAUCCCUUCUGAAAAGGGGACACUGAACAGUUUCUUUCUUCUAACAGUAUGAAAAUUAGUUGGAAAGAGAUGGGGGAAACCACUUUCAAUCUAGUUUUACCUUGCAAAAUGUGUUCUAAAGCAACUGCAUAAGGGCAGUUCUUUCAGCUCCUUUCGGUUAAAUUUGAUGCUGGUAAAUAAGGAAAACAAGUCUGUGUGUUUUUAUAUAUCCACAUCAAUAGCUUGUCGAAAGUCUUAUUUGAAUGAUGCAUCUUACAUAUUGAUAUUAUAAUAUAUCUUACAAUCCAGAUCCUUUUGUUUAUUUGUACAGUGGUUUCCCAGGAAUCUCAUGAAAUCAAAAACAGACAGUUCUGAAUCUUUGAUUCGGCUGUAAAUGCAGAUGUAUGUAACUUAAUGUUUCUUCAGCAAAAAUGUAUCCAUCUGGCUACUGCAGAUUUUUUGUCUGCUCUUCAGGUCAGUUCAACCUUAGAUUUUAUAUGUCCAGCUUCAUGUAACAUGUUUGUGUAUCGUCUUCCAUGCAUGAUUCCUAAUAAGCCUAUUUAUAAU